AUGGCGGACAGCACGAAAAUAGAAAAUAACCCUAAAAUCCUAUCGGGGCCGGUUCUAACGAACUCGCCUAAUGCUGUGUUAUCAAAAACACUGCUAAGCCGGUACCAAGACCUACCACUGCCAGCUGAUAAAAUAAUUGCCACAUACAUUUGGAUAGAUGGCACUGGAGAGCACUUGCGGUGCAAGGAUCGUACCAUCGGAUUCAUUCCAAAGCAGCCAAAAGAUCUUCCGGAGUGGAAUUUUGACGGAAGUUCCACUGGACAGGCUGAAGGCCACAAUGCCGAUACCUACCUUACUCCGAGGGCUAUUUACAAGGAUCCCUUCAGACGAGGAAACCACAUCCUUGUUAUGUGUGAUACCUAUAAAUACAACAUGAAACCUACUGAAACAAACCACCGCAUUAAAUGCCAAGAAGCAUACGACCAAUGCGAGGACGAGGAGCCAUGGUUCGGGAUUGAACAAGAGUACAUUCUUCUGGACGCAGACCUGCGGCCCUUCGGAUGGCCUCCUGGCGGCUGCCCACCCCCUCAGGGACCUUACUACUGCGGCGUCGGGGCCAACAAAGUGUUCGCUAGGGAUCUCGUCCAGGCUCACUACAUUUGCUGUCUAUAUGCCGGUGUGCCGAUUUCUGGCACAAACGCGGAAGUGAUGCCAUCUCAAUGGGAGUUCCAAGUUGGUCCAUCAGUGGGUGUGACAGCUGGGGAUGACCUUUGGAUAGCGCGUUACUUAUUACACCGUUUGGCUGAGGAGUACGGUGUUAUUGUAACCUUUGAUCCCAAACCUGUAGCUGACUGGAACGGCUCUGGCGCACACACUAACUUCUCCACGAAGAAGAUGAGAGAAGAGAACGGUAUUAUUGAAAUCGAGAAGGCCAUAGACAAGCUGUCCAAGGUGCACAUGAAGCACAUCAAGGUGUACGAUCCUCGCGGAGGCAAAGACAACGAGCGCCGUCUCACCGGUCUGCACGAGACUGCCAGUAUUAACGACUUCAGUGCAGGAGUCGCAAACCGCGGCUGCAGUAUCAGAAUACCGCGUGCAGUGGCCGAAGAAAAGAAAGGCUACCUGGAGGACCGUCGGCCAGCAUCCAACUGUGAUCCUUACUCUGUCAUCGAUGCUCUCAUGCGCACUUGCAUAUUGAAUGAAUAA